UUUUUUGAAUCGAUUCCUAUCAAUAGAAAGUCGUGCUGUAUAGUUAGAAUUGAUGAUAAAUCAAAAAAAAAAAAGCACUGGUUGCGGCAUUUACUAAUAUCAUAAUCAUAGUAAUAGUAACAUUACAAUAUACUGUCAAGCUGUUGACGCAAUGUUUUUUUUGUCGCAGUUUGUUCAAUUUAAAAACCUGAUGAUCAUCAAACAAAUUUGUUAGUUUAAUGGUCAUCAUGGAGAACAAUACAACAACAACAUAUGAACAAUCAAAUUCAAAUUUAAAUUUAAAUCAUGAUAAUAGAAAUGUGUAUCCACCAUUGUAUCUAGGAACCGAUAGCAGUAUGGCUGAAACAUUUAUAAAUAUUUCAAAUAAAAUCCAAACCAACAACAAUUCACAACAUUCGAAUAAAUAUCCUAAAGCCCUCAAAAAUGCUUCUGGAAUAAUUUUGAAAUUCAUAUUUAUGACCAUUUUCAUUUCGAUUGUACAAAUUUAUACAUGGACAACAUGGCCAUUAUAUUUUAUUGUACAACAACCAUGGAAAGCUAAACGUUUGAAUGAUCGAAUACGUAUAAAAAUAUUUAAAGGAAGUAAUGAUUCAAAAAUGUCACCAAUUUAUGAACGUAAUGAUCCAGAAAUUCUUGAUUAUCCAUUUUUCAGCUAUAAAUCUGUAACACAAAUUUUUCAAUCAUUGACCGAUCAUUUGGAUCGUGAUCGUAAUUGUCUCGGUUAUCGUCAAGUGCUUUCAGAAGAAUCCAUUUUAAAUGAUAAAGGUCAAGAACGACGUAUGGAUGGACGUAAAUUGAAAAGAUAUUACCUCAGUGAUUAUAAAUGGAUAACAUAUGGACAAGCACAGACAACAACAAGAAAUAUUGCAAAAGGUUUAAUGGCUAAUGGUAUAACCGAAGGUGAUAGAAUAAUGAUCUUUGCUGAAACCAGAAUCGAAUGGAUGCUAUCGUUUUUGGCCAUUCCACAAACAGGUGCUGUUGUAGUUACAGCAUUUUCAAAUUUAGGAACCCGUGGUCUAUUAUAUUCGCUGGAACAAACUGAAGUUGAUACUGUUAUUGUUUCAUUUGAAUGUAUUCAAAUAUUACAAGCGGUUUUAGCUAAUUCUUCCAAACACAAAGUGAAAAGAAUUAUUUUCAUGGAUGGAUUCAAAAAACCAGAUUUUGAAUUCCCAUCAAACAUUAAGAUUUUUUCAUUGAAUGGUAUUGAACGAUUAGGUGAACAAUGUAUAAAAGAAAUGCGUGAUAAACCAUUAUAUUCCGGAUCAUUAGAUCGCUUAAUGAUUAUAAUGUAUACAUCCGGAACAAAUGGCGAUCCAAAAGCAGCAUUGAUUACGGAAAAUCAACUUUUUGUUUCGAUGAAGGCAAUGUAUUGUCGUGUUCGUUCUUUGGUACAUGAAACAGAUAAACAUAUCUAUGUUGCAUAUUUGCCAUCCGCACAUAUUUUGGAAUUGACACUGGAAUUAUUAUUCUUUCUUGGUGGUGUUCGACUUGGCUAUGCUUCACCAUUUACUUUAACCGAUUCAGCUCCCGGUCUUGGUUUAGGUCAAAAAUCAGACAUGAAAUUAUUGCAACCAACAAUAAUGACAACAGUUCCAUUGGUUUUGGAGAGAAUUCUUAAAGAAAUUAAUGAAAAAUUAAAAGCUCGAACACCGGUAUCGCAACAAGUUUUUCGAUUUCUUGCCAAUUAUAAAUCAGAAUGGACAAGACAUGGCUACAAAUGUAACAUUGUAACGAAAUUAAUAUGUCCAAAAGUUCGUGAACAAUUUGGCAAUAAAUUGAUGUUUAUGAUUUGUGGUGGUGCACCAUUAAAUACACGAACACAAGCAACAAUCAAAUCAGCACUUGAUGUUAUUUUCAUUCAAGGAUAUGGCUGUACGGAAACAACUUCAUCACCAAUUUGUAUGGAUUUCGAAACUCUCGAUUAUGGAAAUUGUGGAUCAAUUCUGGCAAAUGCAUAUUUUCGAUUACAAGAUUGGGAUGAAGGUGGCUAUUCAGUACGCGAUCGUCCUAAUCCUCGUGGCGAACUUUUGAUUGGCGGUGAAAUUGUUACAAUGGGAUAUUUUAAAAAUCCUCACCUGACCAAAGAAGUUUAUUAUACUGAUGAGAAUAGAAUCAGAUGGUAUCGAACAGGAGAUAUUGCUGAAAUGUUCCCAAAUGGUUUUGUUAAAAUUAUUGAUCGCCGUAAAGAUUUAAUUAAAUUACAGAAUGGUGAAUAUAUUUCGUUGGGGAAGGUGGAAGCAGCAUUAAAGAUGUGUCCAUUAAUUGAAAAUGCAUUCGUAUAUGGUGAUAUUUAUGCAACUGAACUGGUGGCUUUGAUUAGUCCGAAUCAAAAAGCAUUUGAAGAAUUAUCUCGACAAAUGGAUAAAAACAAUAUGACAAUUGAAGAAAAAUGUAAUGAUAAACAAAUAGAAUCAACAUUUCUUGAAGCAAUCGUUGAUGUUUCGAAACAAAGUUCGCUGACUAAAAUAGAAAUUCCAAAACGAAUCAAAAUAGUGCCCGAUGUAUGGUCACCUGAUAAUGAUAUAUUAACAGCAUCAAUGAAAUUGAAAAGACAAAAUGUAAUGAAAAAAUACAAUCAAGAAUUGACCAAAUUAUGUAAUGAAAGAAAAAUAUCGGAUAAUCAAGAUAAAAAUCAUAAUUGCUAA